ACGCUGACGAUCGCAUUCCCAACUCAUCCACCAGCUCUCUCGAGCAGACCAGGGCAGUGAGGUGAUCGGCGGUGGCCUCACAACAUUGCCGUCGCCGGGACCCAGAUGUUUAUUCUCCUUCCCUGUCGACCCAAUGGCCCACACCACAUCCACCGCCAUAACGCCGAUAUUGGUCGAGAUUGCGUUGGAGUCGCAGAGGGAGUCUCCGGCAUACCCACUGGCUCCGGAAACCUCCAUCAGGAGAAGUGUUCCAAACUUCCAUGAGCCAUGGCAUCGAAGGACCAACAGCGUUCUAUAUAAAGGACAAGCCCGUCGACCGUCUCAGAUCCUUUCCUCUCUGGCUCAACACACACAGCUUUGUCAUUCUUUCUCUUGUUCUCUCUUUUGUUCCUAAUUGUACUUACUCUUUGUCACUCUUUAUACUUGCAAAACUUCCAGGAUGAAGUACGCUGCUGCUCUUACGGCUGUUGCCGCCCUCGCUGCCCGCGCCGCUGCUGUCGGUGUCUCUGGCACUCCCGAGGGUUUCGCUUCCUCCGCCACUGGUGGUGGUAAUGCCACUGCCGUCUACCCUACCACCACCGAUGAGCUGGUCUCUUACCUCGGUGACGACGAGGCCCGUGUCAUUGUCCUGUCCAAGACUUUCGACUUCACUGACACCGAGGGUACCACCACCACCACCGGCUGUGCUCCCUGGGGUACUGCCUCCGGCUGCCAGCUGGCCAUCAACAAGGAUGACUGGUGCACCAACUACGAGCCCGAUGCUCCCACCACCAAUGUUACCUACAACACUGCUGGUGAACUCGGUAUCACCGUCAACUCCAACAAGUCCCUGAUCGGUGAGGGUACCAGCGGUGUCAUCAAGGGCCGUGGUCUCCGCAUGGUCAGCGGUGUCUCCAACAUCAUCAUCCAAAACAUUGCGGUCACCGACAUCAACCCCGAGUACGUCUGGGGUGGUGACGCCAUCACUCUCGACGACGCUGACUUGGUCUGGAUUGACCACGUUACCACUGCCCGCAUCGGUCGCCAGCACUACGUCCUCGGUACCGAGGCCGACAACCGUGUCUCCAUCACCAACAACUACAUCGACGGCGAGUCUGAGUACUCUGCUACUUGCGACGGCCACCACUACUGGAACGUGUACCUCGACGGCGCUAGCGACAAGGUCACCUUCAAGGGCAACUACCUGUACAAGACCUCCGGCCGUGCCCCCAAGGUCCAGGACAACACCUACCUCCACAUCCUCAACAACUACUGGGAGAACAACUCGGGCCACGCUUUCGAGAUCGGCUCCGGUGGCUACGUCCUCGCUGAGGGUAACUACUUCUCCAACGUCGACACCGUCCUCGAGACCGACACCUUCGAGGGUGCUCUCUUCUCCUCUGACAGCGCCUCCUCCACCUGCGAGUCCUACAUUGGCCGCUCCUGCGUUGCCAACGUCAACGGCGGUGACCUCACCGGCACCUCCACCACCGUCCUCUCCAACCUCAGCAGCGACACCCUCCCCUCUGCUGAUGCUGCCAGCACCAGCCCCGCCUCCAGCGCUGGUCAGGGUAACCUGUAA